AUGAUUUAUUAGUAGUUUAGGAAGAAAAUAAACAGCUAAAAUAAAUAAAUAAAUCAAUAAAUAAAUAGAUUAUCUUCUUCAAUAUUAAUGAAACUCUAAUAUUAUUAAGAUGUAUAUUUACUAUUGUUUUAAAUUAGUUUUUAUAUUUAAAAAUAUCAAAAAGAAAUAUAAAUAAAUUGUUAUUACGAAAGUUAAAGUGUCAAAUUAGAGAGAUUAAUCCAAUUAGCUAAAGCAGAACCUAAGCCUGAUGUUCCCAUAUUACCAAUUGAUUUCUAAAAUUGGGAAUAAAAUUAUGAGUUAAAUUCAUAAAGAAAAAACAAAAAAAAACAAGUACAAUAAAAGUAAAAAUUAAAAUAAAUUAAAUAAAUUAAAAGAGCUUUAAUGUUUUAAAUUAAUUUUUAUAAUUAAAAAUAAAUAAAUUGUUUUUAUCAAGUGAAAGUGUUAAUAGCAAAAAAUAAAUGA